AGAGAGAGAGAGAAAGAGUGUCAGUCUAGUUUGUGAUCUGGUUCGGACAAGAAGUGGUCAGCCUGAAAAACAAACACCACGAGAAAAUGCCUUUAAAACACCCAAAAACCCUACAAAUCCUACAAAACAAGGCUCUGGAGGAUACGCAAUGGCUCCUACAGGCCUUAAUCCUAUAUACCUUAAUAGCCACAUCCUUCACCCACGCCCUUGGACCUAGAAGCAUCCAAUCCUGCUUUGGAAAUGAGAGAAAUGAGAUCGAAAACCAAAAUUUUUUAAGAAACAUUAAUAAGUUUAGUCUAAAGGUGUUCAGAGGCCUCGUGGCGGCUCAAGAGGGUUCAGGAGCCCAGGAGAGUGUGAUUGUAUCCCCUUAUAGUGUCUGGAGUGGGCUUAUCCUUGCCUACUUUGCGUCUGAGGGCAGAACGAGAGGCGAACUGGAAAGAGUGUUGAAAAUUAGCGGGAAAUCACAGGUCUUUUCUAAGUGGAGGGAUCUGGAGGCAAGCCUCACCCAAACAUCUCUAAGAACCUUACUGGACACCUUAGAACACACAUACACGCAAAAACACACACACACACAAACAAACCCAACCAACGAUACACACACCCAAACACACACCCAAACACACACCCAAACACGCACACACAGACAAGGAAAGCAGUCAAACCAGGUUAAAUAUUCAAACACCUUCGCGGAGUCAGAGUCAGCGAGUGGCAGUAGUAGUAGUAGCAGUAGUCAGGGCGAUGGGGAGGUUACAGUAAAAGUUAAUAGCAAUAGUUAUAUACAAGAGUGUGCUACUAGUGGCCUUGGGGUUCAAAUAUGUAGCAGUAGAGAUGUAGGAACGCCCCAAGAUACUAUUACUACUAACACAGAUCCCGGGAGUAGUAGCAGCAGUAGUAGUAGCAGUAGUAGUAGUAGUAGUAGCAGUGGUGGUUCAUCUACUGCCUGUAUUAACGGGGUUUGUCAGACUAGCGACCCUGCGAACACCGGAGACAAAGCGACGAAAACAACAUGCAAAACAGAAAACGGGAUUAAAACUUGUGAGAAAGACAUUUGUGAAACGGACAAUUCUGGACUUUUAACCUGUACCACGCAAACCUGUACCACCCCCACUGACGGUACGGAAGAAUGCACCUCUCCUGCACCCUCCCGUACCACCAGAACCCAGAAAUCAGCCCACACAAGCGGAUUUAGAAGCAAAAACUGGGGGUACUUUUCAACAAAUCUUAAUCUACACCCUUGUCUCUUUCAAUAUAUUCCACAACUUAAACGUCUAGACUUCAGCAAAACGAGUGUAGCUGCCGGUACAAUCAACACAGCGGUACAGGAGGCUACAGCAGGGAAGAUCAAGACCCUGGUACAGCCGCAGGACCUCGCAGGAGCUAACUUUAUGCUGUUAAAUGCUGUUCACUUCAAAGGAAAUUGGAUAAUGAAGUUUCCCCUUGAAAAUACAAAAGUGGUUCCGUUUUCUACGAGUUCUGGCCAGCGAGAUGUCCAAAUGAUGAGAGUUUUGGAGCAUUUUAGAUACGCGCCCACCACCACACUGAACGCCUCUGUAGAGCUGCCUUACUCCUCCACCCACUCCAUGCUGCUAAUACUCCCGGAGAAGGGCGUGGGCGUGGCGAGGGUGGUGGGCGGGCUGACACACAAGAGGCUGACAGAGGCGAUGGAGAGUUUGCAAAAGUCAUAUCUGGAUUUAAAUGUUCCUCGGUUUUCAAUGACUUCACACCUGACUGAUGACUUAAAGCAGGCUCUAAUCGCCAUGGGGCUACGGGAUCUCUUUUCAAUGCCUCUCAAUUUUGGAGCUGUGACACAAGACCCUCUGAUACUGCGUGACAUCAUCCACCAAGCUGCUCUGGACGUGGACGAGGAAGGGACAGAGUUUGCAGCGGCGACUGGCUUAAUAGGAACAAGAGUGGGCCCCGCUAAGGUCUUCCUCGAUCGUCCCUUCCUCUUCCUCCUCCACGAAAGAAGACUUAACCUCACCCUAGCCGCGGGGGUCUUCCGAGGGCCCUAAGGAGGAGGAGGAGGAGGAGGAGGAGGAGGAGGAGGAGGAGGAGGAGGAGGAGGAGGAGGAGGAGAAGAAAUAGAUUAGGAUCGAGAGGAAGAUUGUGUGAAUAAGAAGAGAGGAGGAGGAGGAGGAGGAGGAGGAGGAGGAGGAGGAAGAGGUUUUUUUUUAGCGAGUUCUGGCAAUAUUGGGCUAUUUUGUAGAAUUGGGCGGUUUUUUGUGGCUAUCUAUGUGACCAUUGGGCUAUUUUGGGCUAUUUUUGUGUGUCUAUAUAAUAAAUGUCUUUAUAAUGUU